AUGUUUUUUUGCUGCAAUAGUAAUAAGAAAGCUAAGAGAAAGGAAAACACAACUCAAUAGACAAUGUAGCAAUAAUCUAAUUAGCCGAAAUAUUAAAUUCGUACAUUUAUUGAUUAAGAUUAACAUUCAACUAAUUUAACAAAUUUUGAAGGGACAAAUGAUAGAAUGAACUUCAGUUCCUAAGAUGUAGAGAGAUUCAUUUUGGAUGAGAAGAAAACCUUUGAAUAAGAACGUGAACUAGUUAUGAGAUUGAUAGAAUUGCCAGAGAAGACUCAUUUAAUAGAGUUAAAUUGGGCCUUUGCCUACACAAAUUAUAUAAAGGAUGAACGUAAACAUCCAGGAGAAAUCAAUAAUAAAAUUUUAGUAGAAAAACUAAAGAACAAUGAAGAAUUGAUUUCUGAAAAAGAUUAUGUUUUAGUUAAUGAUUAAGUCUGGAAUAUGCUGGUUCACAUCUACAAGGGUGGUCCCAUGCUUACCAUUCAUGAUCUUGAAAGAAAAAGUGAUAAUAAUAUCCUAGAUUAGUCAUUAAGAGUUUUUGCGUCUCCCUCCAUGAACGAUUUGGAUAAAAAGUAAACCUAGUUUAGAUUGUUGAAUCAAUUACCUAUUAAAGAGAUUUAGAUUAUAGGAUUAGAAAAUGAGAAUUACUUUUGCUAUCUAAACAGUGUAUUAUAAUGUCUUAUGGGAAUUCCUCAGCUUAAUUAUUUCUUCUUAUAUUCUUAUAAUCAAGAAAAUAAGUUAUUCACUUAAGCCUAUACUCUACUUCUUCGUAAAACUAUUAAGAUGCAUUACAAAGGAAGGAUACUCCCAAAAGAAUUGAUUAAGAUUUUACAAAAGCAUUUCUCUAUUUAUGAAAUGCAUGAUAGUUCUGAACUCUUGUUAUUCAUACUUGAUAAAUUUAGAGAAGAAAUCUCUAUUGAUAAUUAGUUAGAAACAACAUUCAUUGAUGAAUUAUUUAGAGGUCAAAUUACAUCUUUUAUUAAAUGUCCCCAUUGUACUAAAAUUAGUACAAAUCAAGAAGUCUUUUAUGAUCUUAGUCUUCCAUUGCUUGGUAAGAAUUUUAUCUAAAAAAAACUUACAAUUAAUGAAUGUCUUACUAAUUAUUUCAAAGAAGAAAUUAUAGAUGGAGGAUGGACUUGUUCUGAAUGUAAUAAAUUAUCCAAAAACAUUAAAAGACGUAUCAAAAUUACAAAUGCUCCUAAUAUUCUUAUUUUUCAACUAAAAAGAUUUUAAAGUUAUCCUCUUAAAAAGAAAAUUAAAGAACCUGUUAUUACUGACAUGGAAAUUAACAUAAAGAGGUAUAAAUUAUAAUAAUAAUCCUUCUUAGUUGUUGUACAACAGAUAUCAUAGACACUAAAUAUCAUUUAUAGGCUAUGAUAGUACAUUCUGGAACUAUUGAUUAAGGACAUUAUGUUGCAGUUGUGAAGCGUAAUUAAUAAGUAAUUCUAUUCUCUUAUCAAUUUACUUAGUUUUUUUUAUUCAAUGAUGAUGAAAUUGGAAGACUUUCAUAUGAUCAAAUAUCUCGCAUUGAUUCUGCUUACCUUCUUAUCUAUCAUAGAAAAAUAUGA